CCUUACUCUGCCUCGGCUCCUCCUGUGUGUCUUCAUCGCAGCUUUUUACUAACACAUGUCCCUCUGUUAGGAGUCGGACCAUUUCUGUCUGCUGCAGCAUCGUUCCCAGGUGUUCAUAGUAACUCUCACGUUAACCAGGAUAUUACACAGCAAAGAUGGGCGGAGAGCUGAGGAGCCUUUUUCCCUCAGACUGCUGAGCACACAAUGACAGAGUCCAUCCGGUAGAGCAUCAUGCCACAUUCUGGAUAUUUUAUAUGGAUUUUCUUCUCCUCAUGGGGAAUAAUUGCCUGCAGUGUGAGGACUCUACCUCAUGUGAUGAAGUACCAAACAGUGAUACCUCAGAGGCUGAAGGAUUCAUCUCUCAUUAAUGAUGCUGCUACACAUCAGACUUACCCUGAUGUACUCCAGUACUCUUUGACGAUUGCAAGGCAAAACUACACACUGCACCUGGAAAAGAACAAAGAUCUUGUUGGGAAAUCAUUCUCUGUGACACAUUAUUCUGAUCAGGGCACCCCAGUCACAACUACUCCAGAUCUUAGGGUUCACUGCUACUACCAUGGGCACAUUGUGGGAGUUGAGGACUCCUCUGCUAGCGUGGGACUGUGCUCAGGAAUAAAGGGCUUUGUGCGUCUCCAGGACCAAAUGUACCUGAUUGAACCUCUGGCUGGCACCGAGGCGGGACAGCAGGACGACAUACAGAGCUCAGAAGCUCACAGUGCCGAGGGUCUCCAUGCUGUUUACAACUACAAACACCUGAGGAGGAAGAGGAGCUCCUGUUCCCAUGGAAACACAACCACUUUCUAUGAUCACGGAGCUCGUCCGUCUGGACUGUUCCAGCUCGGCAGCCUGAAAAGCAGAGCUCAGACCAGAGGCCGUGCAGGAAAACCCAAGACAGUGGAGCUGGUUGUGGUGGUCGACAAUGCCGAGUACAAGAAGUUUGGCAGUAAGAAGACGAUAGAGGCCAGAGCGCUUGAAAUAGCAAACCACGUGGACAAGCUGUAUCGCCCCGUCGGUGUACGUGUGAUGCUGGUCGGUCUGGAUAUCUGGUCAUACAAAGAUCAGGUGGAGGUCAGCACUAACCCUGAGGUCACCCUCAGUCGCUUCCUCCAGUGGCGUCAGCGGAGCCUGCUGCCGAGAACCAAACACGACAACGCACAGUUCAUCACAGGUUUGGAUUUUGAAGGUUCCACUGUCGGCUUAGCCAACACCAAUGCAAUGUGCACCUCUAACUCUGGAGCUGUCAAUGAGGACCAUAACACAAACUCAAUAGGAGUGGCCUCUACUAUUGCUCAUGAGAUGGGUCACAACUUGGGCUUGUCCCAUGACUCUGAAAACUGUGUCUGUGGUUCCUUAACAUCGAAAAGAGGCUGCAUCAUGGCUGAAAGUGUUGGCCUCGUGUAUCCAGAGCUGUUCAGCAGCUGCAGUCAGCAGCAGCUCAGCAGGUUCCUGGAGGAGAUCAACCCGGCCUGUCUGCUGGAUACUCCCUCUACUGAUCGCGUCUACGGAGGGCCGGUGUGUGGAAAUGCCUUCCUGGAGCCUGGAGAGGAGUGCGACUGUGGCACUGUAGAGGAGUGCAAGAACCCCUGCUGCAAUGCCACCACCUGCAAACUUAAUGCAGGAGCCCAGUGUGCAGAGGGAGAGUGCUGCCACAACUGCCAAAUGAAACCAACAGGAAUCGUCUGCCGGCCGAAGACAGGAGACUGUGACCUGGCAGAAUACUGCACUGGCUUCUCCGCCUCCUGUCCGACUGACGCCUACACCCAGAAUGGCCUGUCCUGCAAUCGUGGAAAAGGAUACUGCUACAAUGGACGGUGUCCUUCACGGCACGAGCACUGCAAGAGACUUUGGGGACCAGAUGCCGAUGUAGCUCCAGAUGCUUGUUUCUACCAGCACGGAAACUGCAGAAAGACACUGUUUAGCCAGAGAUGUUCAAGCCGAGAUCAAUCCUGUGGGACACUUUUCUGCAACGGCGGCUGGGAGUUUCCAGUGACCUCCAGGAAGUCCUUCUACAAAAUAGGAAAUGGAGAAAUAUGCAACGAGGCAACUAUGAACCCUGAAGAUAACUACCCUGCAGAUCUGGGCAUGGUGCCUGUUGGUACCAAGUGUGGCAGCAACAUGGUAUGCUACAAUCAACGGUGUCAAGACAUCCAAAACAUAAAAGUGUACGGAACAAAUGACUGCUCUGCUAAAUGCAACAACCACGGGGUUUGUAACCAUGAGAGUAAGUGUCACUGCAACCCUGGCUGGGCCCCACCUUUCUGCGAUGUGGAGCAUUCAGAACUCCCUGAAGAGGCAGGUCUGAUGGUGUUUAUUGUGUCACUGGUGGUUGGCUUACUCCUGCUGAUGGUCCUGGUUAUUGUGAGUUUGAUGUGCUGCAUCAAAAAAAGGCGACCUGCAAAGAGACGCUUCCAAUCUACCUCAGGACAAACCAACCCGUUGUUCAGGUCAAGCAGUACAAGAGGCAGCCCUCGCCUCGCGUCCACGCACAUCAGCCGGCCUACGUUUGUGGAGUCUUCAACCACUCAAGCCUGUAAACCUCUGUCCUCUGCUACUGCCAGACCACAUACUGGAGCACUGAGGCCCAGCAGAGCAGCUCCAGUGCCACCUAAGAAAUUGUCAGCUGUACCUCAGCCAUCAUUGAUUCAACAGGUUAUAAGGCCGUUCAUGCAGCCUGUUUCAAGCAAGCCAAUCUACACUGAGAAUAAGCCACUACCUCCAACCAGACCUCUGCCACCACUUGCAACAAAACCAAUCAUGAAGCCAAAGCCUCCGAUGCCUCCAGUGAAGCCGAAGCCGUCUGCAGUCCGGUCUCCACUGCCACACACCCAACUGCUUGCAGGGAGAGCCGCCCUGAUGCCCCCCAGCUGGCCCAGAUGACAGAGGGAAUAAUUCCGCCUGGUGUAAACACUGAGAUCCUCUGACAGAGGACAUUGUUGUUGUCCCACCUAAGAAGGACCAAUAAAUCCUCUCAGGAGACGCACGUCUGUGUGUUAAAGUGGGAACAAGAUCCAACCGAAGGAUUGGCCACAAGAAGUGACAGAGCUUUUCUGUCGCUUCUGGUCUCCCUGAGGAUUACCGCCGUCUGUGUCUUGCUUAUGUAAGCCUUCAGUAUGUUGAUGAAAACCUGAAGCCGUGAUUGACAGACUCUGAGCUUUAUAAAUGACAAAUGGCUAUGCUGCCAUGAUUUUCUGUAUUUGUUUUUUUUAAGGGAAAUGUCUCUCAGCCUUGAUCGUUGUGAACACAUUAUGAGGCAAUUGCACUAUCGAUGCUGUAACUGUUUUGCUAAAUUACUAUUCCCUCACAUGGGUUUUGGUACUGCUUUUCUAAGAAAUAAUGUUGUUAAGGGAUUUUAAAAAUGGGCACCAACGUGGGCACUUUACAGAUUAAAAUUAAGGUUUUAAUUAAGGACAUACCACAGAAGUUAUGCCUCUUUCUUAAACUUUUUUUGUACUAACCUUACGUAUGCUUGACUUUGGGAGACUGAAUUAUCACACGCCUGUUUUGUUUUGUGUGACUUGAUACGUUAUUGAUUGUAAUUCUUCAAGGGAUUUUAUAUAUUGCAUAUUCUAUGCAGAAGACACAGUCCUUCACUCAUAAUGCCAAUGACUGUGGUCUUUCUUUACAAUGAGCAUUCUGCCUUGAUUAUGUCCUGCAAACUUUGAACUGAAAAUUCAUUUGUUCCUAUUUAUUGAGAUCUUUUUGUCUGUGUGAGAUGGAGCUAACAAUAAAAGUGAAUCACCAAAAUCA